UGAUAACCAAAUAGCAACCAUGGCUGAAAGGGGCGGAGAACGUGGCGGCUUUGGCAGGGGUUUCGGUGGCCGAGGAGGCCGUGGCGGGGACCGUGGUAGAGGCCGUCGUCGUGGAGGUCGCCGUGACGCCGAUGAAGAGAAAUGGGUGCCAGUAACCAAGCUCGGCCGUCUCGUGAAGGACGGUAAGAUUACCAAGCUCGAAGAAGUCUACCUCCACUCUCUCCCCAUCAAGGAGCACCAGAUCAUCGAUCAAAUCCUUCCGUCACUCAAAGAUGAGGUCAUGAAGAUCAUGCCGGUUCAGAAACAGACUCGUGCCGGACAACGAACCAGGUUUAAGGCAUUUGUGGUUGUUGGAGAUGGGAAUGGACACGUAGGGUUGGGGGUUAAGUGUUCAAAGGAAGUUGCUACGGCUAUUAGGGGAGCAAUUAUAUUGGCUAAGCUGUCAGUGAUUCCUGUGAGGAGAGGGUAUUGGGGGAAUAAGAUUGGGAAGCCUCAUACCGUGCCAUGUAAGGUUACCGGUAAAUGUGGUUCGGUAACUGUUAGACUGGUUCCUGCUCCUCGUGGUGCUGGGAUUGUGGCUGCUAGGGUUCCAAAGAAGGUGCUUCAAUUCGCAGGUAUCGAUGAUGUGUUUACCUCUUCUCGUGGAUCCACCAAGACCCUCGGAAAUUUCGUCAAGGCAACUUUUGACUGUUUGCUCAAGACUUACGGAUUUCUGACUCCUGAUUUCUGGAGAGAGACAAGGUUCUCAAGAUCCCCAUUCCAAGAGUACACUGAUAUGCUGGCAAAACCAACUACAAAGGCAAUAACCUAUGUUGAAGAUGUUGCUGAUAUUCCUGCUUAAAAAAUGGUCAGAAUUUUGGAGAGUAUGUUCUGUUUUUAGGAUGUUUUGAUACAGAUUACUGGUUUAAUGUUCUGUUAUUUUUAUAAUUUUUUGUUUUUGAGUAUUACUCUGUUUGGUUUUUUGGCAAUGCAAUUACUAUUUAUGGGAAUUCUAC